AGGAGGUGGGCGUGGCGGGUUCCUCCUCCGGUCCCGGUCCCCUAGCGACGCGGUUGCCACGGGAACGGAGGCUUGCGCCGCCGCCGCCGCCAUCGCCAUGGCCUCGUCCGCCACAGCCGCGGCGGAGCAGCCCGAAGCCGGCGAGGCCGACCCGGAGGCGGAGGCGGGUGGCGUCCUCGGAGCGUCCGGGGGCGGAGGAGCCCAGCAGCGCAUCAGGGUCCCCAACCUGAACUCGGAUGACCCUCAGGAACGCAUCGCUGCCCGCCGUCUCCGCAUCGCCGCCCGGCUGGAGGCCAAGCGCAGGGAGGCCCUUGGAGAAGACCCAGAUGCCAAGAAGUUGGUGGAGGAGGAAAAGAGCAGGAGUCACAAACAGAUAGAGGAGAGCAGACAGAGGCUGGCCAAGCUGCUGAUUGAUGGGACGCAGCUAGUGACAAACAUCCAGGUGGCAGCUGAUGCUCGGGAGACUCACAGGAGGUCAGAGGAAGAGGAGCUGAAUCGGCAGAGGGUUGAGAAGCUGGAGAAUGAAGCCAAGGCCAACCAGGACAAGUUUGAUGAGAUCACCUCCAAGUGGGCCUCAGCCAAGGAGAAGAUUGUCCCGCAGGACCUCUGGGAAGUACUCAACCUGCAGCAGCAGCACUGCGCCGUGCUCAUCGAGGAGAAGAACAAGCUCAUCAGCGAACUGCAGCAGGAGCUAAAGAGCAAAGAUGACCAGUAUGUGAAGGAUCUCCGGAAGCAGGCGGACGACGUUAAUCUGCUGUUGGAGCGAAUGGAGGAGCAGAUCCGGAACCUCAUCAAGAACUACCGCCGAGAACUCUUGCAGAUCGAGAAAGCCUUUGAAUUAGAGCGCCGUGAGCUACUGACAAGCAACAAGAAGAAAUGGGAGCAAGGCAUGCAGCUCCUCAACAAGCAAGAGCUGGACUUCAUGAUGGCUCGCCUAAAGAAGGUGGAGGAGUACGAGCGCGAGCUGAACCAGCUGCGGAUCCAGGAUGCCGAGGACUACAAUGUCAUCAAGAUCAAGCUGGAGCAUGAUGUGCAGAUCCUGGAGCAACAACUCCAGCAAAUGAAAGCCACCUACCAGCUGAACCAGGAGAAGCUAGAGUACAACUUCCAGGUGCUGAAAAAGAGAGAUGAGGAGAACACCAUCAUCAAGUCCCAACAAAAGCGGAAGCUCAAUCGGCUACACGAUGUGAUCAACAACCUGAGGAUAAAACUGGCCAAGCAGAUCAAGCAGUACCGCGAGGAGAACGUGACGCUGACGGCUGACUACAAGCGGAUUGUGGAGCAGUACAAGGACUUGCAGAGAACCAUGAGACACUUUGCCAUUGUGGACGCGGAGCACUUCCUGGAAGUCUGGCUGAUGAACGAGGAGGAGGCCAAGGGGCUGAUCCGCAGAGCCCUGGACGCGGACCGUGUCAUCCACGCCCAGCAACUGGGGCUGCCCUGGGCCGAGCCUGACACCUGGAUCCUGCACAACGUGGGGCCCAUUGUGCACCAGAAGAAGAUGAAAUCGGCCUCUGAGCUGGUCCAGGAGGUGAUGGCCCCCAGAGCGCCGUCCCAGCAGCUCUCCCUGCUUGUAGAGGACAGCCUGCCCGAAGGGGAGGAAACCAGCCGGGAGGAGUGCCGGGAGGAGUGUCAAGAGGCCAGCGCAGCAGAGGCUGAGCGGGAGGCCAAGGCGGGCUGGCCCAUCUCCACCCAGACGGUCAAGCACAUCCUGGAGCUCCUGUGUGACGAGUCGGGUUUCCUGAUUGAGAGCAAGCUGCGGGGCCUCCUCCAGCCCCUGGAAAAGCACGACCGCACCCUCAUGAGGCUGGACUCCAUCUUCACGGCUCUGUCAGUCGAGAAUGAAGACGAUGUCUAUAAGAUGGUGGAAUUUUUCAUGAAUUUCAAGGCUCAGCACGUGGGCUCCUCUCUGGAGUUAGAAGAAAUGGCUGAGCCGCUUCCCCGAGCAGCACCUCUAGAUUCAGAGCAGCCGAAGGAAGCGGAAGAAGAGGAGCUGGUGAUCCCUACCAAGAGCCAAGAGGAGGCCCGAGGCCCUGGCGGGCAGCCAGCCACUCCAGCAGUGCUCCUCUCCACUCUCUACAUGCACCCUAACGAUAUCCUCAAGGCGCUCAAAGCAUUUGUGCAGGAAUUCCAGGAGCCAAGGGAGAAACGCCCCACGGUGAAGAAAGCCCACGAAGAGCGGGACAACUCCAAGGACUCGGACUACUGGGAUGCCCUGGCCCACGUCAUCCCGGAUGGGAAGCUGAAGCUGUGGGGGGCUCUGGUGACUGGCUUGGAGAAAUACUGCCACAUCCUGACCCAGAGGGCAAAGCUGAUAACAGAAACAGACAACCUGCAGCAACAGAACGUGGAGCUCCAGAUGCUGUUGAACCAGUAUCUCCAGUCCCCGGUCAACGCCGAGCUGCUGAUCCCUCCCACCCACCUGCUGCACCUGCAGAUGAAUUCCACCUGAUGCUGUCCUGGCAGGAGGCCUGGGAUGGUUGCUUUGCCAGCAUGACGGGCUCUCCUGGUCUCCUCCUGGCCUGGUACGAGAGUUGGAGCCUUCGAGGCAAGGGUGGGGACAGUGUGGGAGAGCGUGCUGCCUGCCGCCUGCGCUCCCCUCGAGGGCUCCUUUGGGCAGCAUGUCAGGGAGCUGCCUGUGUCUCAGGAGGACAGGGCCAAGUCAACACAGGCUUUCCUUGGGAUUUCGGCACACUGAGCCUGUCUUGCGAAUAUCCUGACAAGUGCCCAGACUGGGUCUCCAAGGCUCCUGGAAAGUCACCCUUUGUCAUAUUUCAGAGCAUUCAUGCCAAGAGUAAACCAGUGCUCCAGAAAUGGCUAAUGCCUUCCUCUAGAAACCAGCCACAUUUCUUCCUUUGUGUCUGUACUAUUAAAUCCAGCAGCAGCAGCAGCAGCAGCUCAUUCAAACAAGCUGCUGGUGGUGGUAGUGGUGAUUUGGGGUGAUAGGGCUCAGCUGCCUCUGGUUCCUAGCAGCUCCGGUUGUGCCCCUCUCGCCCAUCCUGACUAGUGCUGGGGCUGCUGGGAACCAAGGGCAGCUGCACCUCCCCCCCACCCCACCCCCCAUUAGAACAAGCCUCUGCUGGUGAAACCUCCCGAUAUGACUGAGGAAAGGCAGCCGUGGCUUCUUCCACUCCUUUCCUUCUGGGAAAUUGCCUUCCGACCUCCGUCACAGAAGGCGGACAAGACCAUGUAAAGGCACAAGGGGUGGAGCCACCAGCUGCCUGCUCUUCCUGCAGGAGUAUUAGGAGUUCAGGUCCAGAAUUCGGCGUAAGUCAAGGCAGCCCUUGGUAAUGCCUGUGAACUUCAGCAGCCCCGAGAGCAGACCCUGGGUGAGCUGUAAGGCUUUUGGAAGGCUGAAGUCCCAGGAAGGGAGUGAUCUCUUGGUCUCGCUCUCUCUCCCCUGCCCAUCCAGUCUAGUCACGGCUCCACUUCUCUCCCGGCCUGCCCCUGUAGACAGGGGCGGUAAAUAAAUGGUUACUCGUAA